GGAGCGGAGCGGGGCUGGGCGGGGCGGCGGCACCGCAUGCGCAGGAAGCCAGGUGCCUGCCGGCUUACGAAGAGCCGGCAGCAUCGCACGCGGCCCGGCGUUCUCAUGGUAUUGUGUCAGGGCGCCGAGGCUGCGGCUGUUGCCCCCGCGGCGGGGAAGGAGCCGGAGGGGCCGCAGGGCCGGGAGGACGGUACGGACACGGGGCGGCCCUGCCUGCAGCCGGCGGCCGGCGUGGAGGCGGCGGGCGCUGAAGAGCGCCGCGUUUGCGGCUGCUGCCCGGGUUGGCCCUGGCCGCGCUGCUGCAGAGCACCCGGUGAGGAGGGAACAAAGAAGAAAACUACCUGUCCAGGACUUGGUCUCUUCUACACCUUACUGUCUGCCUUCCUUUUCUCAGUGGCCUCUUUAUUCCUUAAAAAAAUAGAAGAUGUACACUCAGUGGAAGUGAGUGCAUUUCGAUGCGUUUUUCAAAUGGCAUUUGUUCUACCUGGUUUAAUAUACUACAAAACAGGGUUUUUGGGACCAAAAGGUAAAAGAAUUUUUCUUUUCUUCCGAGGACUCCUUGGCUCUAGUGCAAUGAUUCUCCUCUACUAUGCUUUCCAAGUAAUGCCUCUAGCUGAUGCCACUGUUAUAACCUUCAGCAGUCCUGUUUUUACAUCGUUACUGGCAUGGAUCUUUCUCAAAGAAAAAUACAGCGUUUGGGAUCUUCUCUUUACCCUCUUCACAAUCACUGGAGUGAUUCUAAUAGCCAGACCACCAUUUCUGUUUGGGUCAAAUGUUACAGGGAUUGAAGGAAGUUACUCAGAUCACCUUAAAGGAACUAUUGCAGCAAUUGCAAGCACAGUAUCUGCAGCUUCAACUAUUGUUAUACUUAGAAAGGUGGGAAAAUCUGUGCAUUAUUUUCUGUCAAUUUGGUAUUACGCAGUCAUUGGUUUAAUUGGAUGUGUUAUAGCAUUGUUUGUUAUGAAUGAAUGGCGAUUACCGUACUGUGGUAAAGAUAGAGUUUUUCUUAUAUUAAUAGGCAUAUUAGGGCUAGGGGGUCAGAUAUUUCUCACAAAAGCAUUACAGAUAGAGAAAGCUGGACCUGUAGCUAUAAUGAGAACGAUGGAUGUGGUGUUUGCUUUCAUUUUACAGAUUCUUUUUCUCAAUCAUCUACCAACUUGGUGGACUGUGGGUGGUGCCCUUUGUGUAGUAGCUAGUAGUUCUGGGACUGCCAUUCGUAAGUGGAAACAGAGCUCAAAAAAAGCCGAACAAAAUGAAAUCUAACAAUGCAGACACUACUUCAUUACAGAAAUUAAUAAUCUUGAAAUAUAUAUAAAAUAUUUAUUUUUAUUUAUUUAAAGUAUCUCAUUUAUGAAAUUAUAGUACCGAGCUGUACCCAGUAAAAUAAAUCGGUUUUAAUAAAAACAAAAUAACAUCAGCAACAAAUUGAAGAUGUUUUAACAACUAAUUGAAUAUAUAUGCUUUUUUUCCUUCAUACUUGGGCAUGCAAAUACGAGAAGUAGGAAGAUUUCUAAAAGUUGCUUGCUUUGCAUCUAAAGUGAACUAAAGUUGGCUGGGAUUUUGUUUUCCUAAAAUACCUGUACCAGAUUCUCCACUUUUUGGACCCUUUCUCUAUUCUUCUGAGCAGUGGAAUUUUCCCAGGCUUAUUUGUACUAAUCUAUGAUUGAUUAUGAGAGGGAUUUCAGUUCAAAUAAUUAGAAGGGAGUAAAGAAUUAUAAUCCUACAAACUUUAACUUCUAUGGAGCAGAUAAAGCUUGCACAUUUACCAACUUUCUCCUUUUUUUUUUCUCCCUUGGGCCCCCCCCCCCCCCCCCCCCCCCAAAUAAAAACAAACCAAAACAAAAAACAAACUAAACAAACAAACAGAAACCAAAGGCAUUGGGAUGUUUUUAUUGGAAUUCUGAAAGAACAUCUUUUCAAGUCAUGUCAAAGCAAAAUUAACUUUUGGAAAUUCUUUCAACUUUGCUUUCUUUUUUUAAAAAAAAUUGUUCCUGCUUUACAGGCAUAAUGAAACAAUCCCUAUUUUAAUAUGUUCUCAAUAAAUACAUCUUUAGUUGCUGCAAUCUUGGUGAGGAGAGGUAAUAGGUAACUAUAUGCCACUUGUAAACUCUUUCCUAUGGUGUAGAAUGUUAUGCUGUAGCUGCACUUUUCUUUACUCUAUGCAAAAGAUUGUAUUUUUUAGAUAUUUAAUAUAGGUUAUUUUAAAUGCUACUUAGGAGUGAUUUCUUUAUAUUCUCUACAAAAUUUCUUUAUGAGACCGUUUAAGUUCUCUUGGCCUUCAUAAGGUUAGGCAAAUGCUUUAACGUAAAUCCUUUUUCCUAAGACUUUACAGGAGAGUGCACACUGCCCGUGGUUCACAGAAAAUACACGUUUGCCAACCUCAUAGCACAGAUUCUAUAGAACAGGUUUGUGCAGCACUUAGUGGGAGAGUGGAGCUCAUACUCAGUGCAUCAGGCAGCACUAGUGGGCGGCUUCAGCCCCAUUUCUCCAGCUGUUUUCAAAUCCACACUUAGUCACUUCUCUUACACAGCUUCUCAUAUUGAUAGGCUUUAUCUUUAGAUAGUGAUGAAUACUGAGGAAAAAGGCUUGUGUUACUGAUCUCAGCCUCCUUCACAUUUGAAGGAGAAAUAUAUAUUAAAUGUGAGGUCGGGGGAUUUUCUUUAAUGAAUUGUUGUGUGCUUUUGAGUCUUGUCUUGGCAAUCUUUUAAAGAAAAACUGCACUUGGGUCUUUAUCUGGUACUUUCCUUUUCUUUUUACUUGUAUCACAAGGUGUUUCUCAGUUAUUUACGCACCCCCAUGUCUUUCUAAAGGAGCGUGUUGUAGCCAGUAGCCAUUGCGCUCUAGGAGAGCAGCUCUUGGAGAGUUGAGCCCUGAAGAAGUGGAAUCUGUAUCAUACUUCAGAGUGUAUCUAGAUGAGAGCUGCUAUCUUUGUGCAAGAUUUCAUACUUUAAUAUCACGGACGUGAGCAGAUUCCAUCCUGGUGAUAAAAUCACUUUCUGCCUACAGCUGUCUGUUCACUCCUCCUGAAGGCUGAAGUUAGCCACUCCUGACAUGGUCAGCAAUAGUAUAAAAUUGCUUUCACAUCUCUUUAAAAAAAAAAUAUGGCCUAAUAAUAGAAUUCCAGUUUAAUUUUGCUUACUACUUGAAAUUAUAAACUGGGAUUUCUUCAGCUGCUUGGCCAUCAUUGCCAUUGAGUAACACAUUUCAAGGGAGGGAUGGAAAAUAGACUGCAUUUCUCACUGCUUCACUUCAUGUUUAAUAUGCACGUGUUUGUAAGUUAACACUCACAAAGGCGCAGUUCAGAUUGAUGUAGAAUUGGCUCUUCCCAUUGGCUCAGUGUGACUGCUUAUGGGGUUAUGUGGUGAGCUGCCCCCAGGAGCUGGUCCAGCUGAGUAACUUGAUUUGAAGGGUUGUUGGAAAGGACCAAACUACAGUGGCCUGAACUUAAUCACUAAGUCAAAAAAUGUCAAAUGAAGGGGAGUUGGAUAGCAGUUGAAAUUGCAGUAUGUGAACACUACUUUGUCAGUACGUAGUUUAGAAAAAAAAAAAAAAGUGGGAGCUUAUAUUAAAAAAAAUCUUCAGCUUAUAUGAUUUCAGUGGUUAUGAAUCUUGUUUACAAACAGUAGAGAAGUACACACUACUGAAGAAAAGGUCUUUCUUUUUUUCUUGCACUAAACACGUAUGAAUUGACCUGAAAUCAGCAACUUGGUGUAGUACCUUUUUUUUAACCUUGAGUUGGAAGCCCUAAUUGAGAGUAUUUCUUUACAAUGCCUGGUAACAUGCUCAAAUUUCUCUCUUCUCCCCAGCUUACUGUUUGAGAAUAUGAAAUAAAACUGGCUGAGCCCUGAUUCUUUCUGAUCAGUUUUCUUUUGUAGUUUUAAUUCCUCAGGGUUAAAUGUUAUUCUUUUUCUAAGCUUUAUGUCAAAUGUAUUGCUAAUGUCCAUCACCUGUAAUGUCAUCUUAUGAUCUUUACAGUAAUUAAGUUCAACACGUGUAUUUACAACAGGAAGCCUUUCCUUUGUAAUAUGAUGGAGUAUUGUUGCACUGGUAACUGCUGUUCUAUAAAGUUACUCUUGAAUUCCAACGUAUUAAUUCAAUGUUCAGAUAUCAGUGGAUCCUGAAUAGAGAAAGUAAUAGGUAAUUAUUGGUUGUUUUGCACAUAAACAUAGGGUGAAAAGGUUUUGUUGUUACAGAUUCAUUACAAGCAUGUUUCUUAUGUUCUUUGCUAUGCAAUUCACUGUAACCAUCUGCUGUCUUCACUGGGACUUUGUAGCCUUCAAGCCUUACCUACCUGACUCUUACACAGAGCUGGUAGCUAAAAAAGCUGUGUAUUGUCACUGUGCAGCAGCCAGUUUCUUUCAGGAUACACUGGUUGUCAAAAUAUGCUCUAAAAGCCCUCUAAGUAUGCCCACACAAUGAACUUGUCGUAUUCUUAGUGUGGGAAAGUGCAGUCUGUAUUAUUAAAAUGAAUUUCCUGCAUUUGUCUAACACCAGACAUAGAGGUAACCUCAGCAUAAGAGCAUUGGUGGAGUAACUAGUUUGUUGUGUCACUUUUCUUCUUCUGAAACAAGGCUCCUUCCCAAAUUCAAAUGCUGUUCUGAGAAGGAUCUUUCUACAAUUGACGAUGACAAGAAAGAUAAUACUACCCUUAAUUAUAAUAUAGUAUAAUGACCCCUGCCCUCCAUUUUCUUUUCCUCGAUGAGCUUUAUUCAGGGUAUGUGUCUUGGAGGAAAGUUUAUUUCUAAAGGGGCAGCCUCUUCAAUAGUCACUUACUUGCUAACUGGCAGUGGAUAGGCAGGAAUAAUCGUAUUUCCAGUUCUCCACUGACCAUGAUUUCUGUCCAUUCAAACAGGAGUUUGCAGUGCUGACAGCAGAUGUGCAACACUGACUUCAGAAGGGCUUUGCAGUUACCAACAGAAUGUUUUCCUGGUUGUAACUGCCUGUCCAUCCAAAGAAAAGUUGUGGCUUUAUGUUCCUGCCGAUGCAAGUAACCUCGGUGCAAAACUUAUGCACUUCUAUAAAUUGUUGGUGAUAACACUUCUGUACACGAGAAUGAGUAACUUCAUAUUUUAUGCGAACUGUUUGACAAAAAUGGGGCAAAAAUGCCCUCCGCGUUUAGAUUUUUACUAUGUCCUAUAUAUUGUUAAAUGAUAUGUUUUGUAGAAGUUACUGGCUUUGUUAUGUAGUAGUAUAUUUUUAUAGACACCUCUUAUAUAUUGAAAUGUGAAGAAUAUUUUCAUAAGAGAUUUAUAUUCAUCAUUGCUAAUAAAACGAACCUGAAGAAUUGA